AUGCCAAAGCCGUUAGCAGCGGGACUCAGCAGUAAAGAUGAUUGUCUUUCCUAUAAAGUGGAGGUAAACGCAGGUCCAUGGAACAAACAACCAAACACCGUAUUGUUAGUAGUCAUAGCAACAAUGAUGCCCCUCCCAGCAUUGACAACGACACCCAACGAGCCGUAUAUUCGUCACCAACCCUACUUGCAACAAUACGUUAUCUUCCUAAAUCUCGUCCUUCCUGGGUCUCCACUGGCUUCAACACACUUGUCUUCUGCUCAUGCCACUGUUGUUGGUGCUGCUGCUACUGCUGCUGCUGUUGUUGCCACUGCGAAUUUCAACAUUCUUCUGCAGAAAGCUGCCCUGACCCCC